UUAAAACGCGCGUGGAUAUUCAAUCAUUUUUUGCCUUGUAACAAAAGUGGUUUUUGUCUUUCCAACCAAAAACUAGGCCAAGUGCAUUGUUUGUGUAACAUAGUGACCCAAAAAGUUGUAAAAUCUAUAUUAAUGUGACGGAAAAGUGCUGAAAACGGCCCACACAAAAACAUAUGCAAACGAAAAGUGCAGUAGGUACAGUUUUGGAGCCAUUAUGAGUGGCAAAGCAAAUAGUUUGAAAGUAACUCAGUAGGUGAUUGUUUAUAAAAAUAAUUAUUAAUGAAAGUAUUUUUUGUAAAUUUGUGAUUAUACUGAACCAAAAUGAAUCAGUGUUUACCAGUAAGCGCAAAGAUGUCGAAGGCAAAGAAAGUUUUGGAUGAGGCAAGGGAAACUCAAAACCGGGAGUUGGACCUGGUGGAUAAAAAUCUGUCGUCCUUCGAGGAGUUGCCUGGAUUGUUCAACAUGGCCAAUAUCACGCGACUGACCCUGUCCCACAACAAGAUCAGUGUGAUCAGUCCUGGAAUCGCGAACCUUCUGAACCUGGAGAUCUUAAACCUCUCGAACAACCAGCUGGCCGAACUGCCUGUUUCGCUGUCGUCCAUGCCCAAGCUCCGCAUCCUUAAUGUAUCCAUUAAUAAGCUAAUCAACUUACCUCGAGGCUUUGGAGCCUUUCCCGUGCUGGAGGUGUUGGACCUGUCGUACAACAAUCUAAACGAACAGGUGCUUCCGGGCAACUUCUUCGGCAUGGAAACUCUAAGGGCAUUAUAUCUGGGCGAUAAUGAUUUCGAAUAUAUACCCAAGGAGGUGGGCCAGCUGAAGAAUCUGCAAAUUCUCGGACUGCGCGACAACGAUCUGCUGGAGCUUCCUCGAGAAGUUGGCGACUUGUUGCGACUCCGGGAGCUGCACAUUCAGAAUAAUAGGCUGCAGGUCCUGCCGCCAGAAAUUGCCCAACUGGAUCUGUUGAGCAACAAGUCGGUGAUGAAGAUGGAGGAGAAUCCCUGGGUCAAUCCCAUUGCCGAGCAAUAUUUACUAGGCAUUAGUCAUGUCAUCGACUACCUCAAAACGGAGACCUACAAAAUCAUCUACAAUCGUCAUAUGCAGGCAGGACGAAGUGGACCACCGCCACCAAAGGCCGACAAGAGCAAGAAGACCUCUAGAAUUCGCGCAUAGUUGUCCUCGAAAAAAAAUCCCAUGAUGUUAUGUGUUCGUCUUGCUCGUUCUUAACCAAAACCGUUUUUGUAUACUAAUUUAUAAGUAUGUGUAAACAAAUGUGUAAUUUCGCAAAGUGCCUUGACCAUUAUCUCACUAAAUAAAAUUAAAA